GAUACAGGGCAGAGCUGAAAGGGAUGGGUGUUUUCUGGUGCUCAGCACUGUAUUGAGAGGAGGUACUGAAUAACAGAUGAGAAAGUAAGCAUCCUGGAGAGGCAGACUAAAAGUCAAUCUAUAGGAAGGAGAGAAGAAGUGCUUAUUGUUCCAACAGACUGUUAUGUUCUUCUUCUAAGUACCUGUGUGUCUGUACUAUGUUGGUAUUCAAGAAUCAGGUAGAAGAACCUUGCUGUACCUCAUCAGAGUACCUAAUCCAACAACGCUCCCAACAAUCUUGCAAUCUUCUCCAGUGACAUCAAGUAAACUGAACCCCCAAGACAAAAAAAAAAUUGCUACUGAGGUGAGGGGCUUUCCUUUCUGUAGACAGUACUGGAUUGCUAGUACAAAUCUCAGGUGAGAGCAAAACCAGCUUUUCUGGGCUGUCAUAUGCUUAUAUUAGGACAUUGUUAUCUCCCUUCUUUAAGCCUAUUUUAAGAACUGGGCUACCAUCUGGAGAAUGAUGCUAGCCAGAGGGAUCCCUGCCUCAUCCUGCUAUGCCUGCUGUCUAAUUGUCAUCUUUUCUUGCUCUGUCUUUGCGGGAUGCCACAGGAAUGCAUCCUUCCGAUUGCGAGGCAAUGCUAACUGUACUUGGAGCCUUGAACGUCACACACGCAGUUACAACCACCUGGAAGGUGAUGUUCGGAGGAGGCGUCUCUAUUCUGCCACAGAAUAUUUCCUCAAAAUUGACAAAACUGGGAAAGUUAAGGGUACACAGAGAAAAAACUGCAUAAACAGUAUCCUGGAAAUCAGGUCUGUGAGUGUGGGAGUCGUAGCAAUCAAGUCCGUCAGCACUGGCUAUUACCUGGCUAUGAAUAAGAAAGGUAGACUGUAUGGGACGAAGGAGUACAAUCAGAACUGCAAGUUCAAAGAGAAAAUAGAAGAGAACAGAUAUAAUACCUAUGCAUCUCUUAAGUGGAAGCACAAAGGACGGCGGAUGUUUGUGUCACUGGACCGUAAUGGAACUCCUCGCUGGGGCCACAAAACACGCAGAAGACAUCUUUCAGCACACUUUCUUCCAAUGCCGGUCUCAUAGCCUGUAUGGACAGGGAAUUCCUAUGAAUGCACACUACUGGAAAAAAAAAUCCAAUGUUUUUGUAUUUUAUACCUGCUUUUGUUUAAUAUUCUGUGGAAAGUGGGUUACAAAGUUUGUUACCUUCAGCUUACUGGUUCAAAUCUGGUUAUGUCAGAGGUUCAAAAUUUGUCAUCUGAUUGCUGUUGGUAGCUCAUGUGGAAAUGUUUCUACCUUUAGUCUUGCACACAUGUGCCAGGUCAAUAAUGCACUCUUGUUCUGUUGUAAAGAGGAACAAAUAACUGAACAUUUUGCACUGGUCAUGCUCCUUGAUGAUUCAGAAAGUGUAUUUUUAACAGAUGCAAGUGCAUAGUAUAGUGCAGACAGUAGAGGACUUGCUAGGUGCAUGAAGCAAAGGACUGCAGAAGGGUCCCUUUGGUGGAAGCUGUGGUAGCUGUGCAUGUUACGACAAAACAGGGGCAUGAAGCACUACCAUAGUGGUCUGGAUGCCAUGAGAAAGUAAUUCUUUCAAUGAAACUGAAAAAAAAAUCUUCUCUCAAAGGGGUAUGAAGAGAGUCCUGUGUAUAGGGAAGUAGCCCCAGAAGUGUGGUUAUAAUUCCAGCUAUGUGCAUGUGUGCAUGGAGUGUGUUCUUCUGUGCCUAACUAGGUCAUGCUACAUAUCAAAUUCUGCACAAGCUAAUUGAACAUAGGAACAGGAGAAGGUUCUCCAAUAGUUCUAACUACAGCCACAGACCCACUGAGGCAACUGUUAAGCAGCAGCUGUGUGUGACAUUUUUAGUUUAUAAGUAUUUAUUUUUCAGGUCAAAUGCUAUAAUGUUUUGUUUCAUUAUAGAGUGUGCAACUGCUGCCAAGCAAGCACCAAGCUCAUUUCUCAAUUAUGUGAGACACUUAUUUGUAAAGUAUACAAUGCUUAGGCCCCCUAGAGGCACAUUUUGGCAAGGUUUCUGAACUAUUACUAGCCACUAAGGUAUAGAAAUUUAGCAAAGAAGAACACAGCAUACAAAUAGUCUCUGUUACAAGGCCAGAAUUCAGAGCAACUCUUCUAUGCCUCUUUUGUACUAUUAAUGUUGACCUUCUACCAUGUAAUGUUGCUUUCAGAGGCUGCAGCUAAAUGUGGCCAGUUGUACCAGUUCAGCAAGAGGAACACACUGCACCAUGGCAAGUUUCUCCUUCCUUUCUUUGGUUUGUAAUGUAGGACCCCAGAAAUGCAAGCUCACUGUUUGUGCAGGUGUAUUAGAAGUGGACUGUAUGUACUGAGUGCUCAUUCUGUAUGGCACUGUUGCAUAGACAGCAACAGAAAAGAUCCUUCUCAGUGGAGAAAUGUUGCCAUGAAGACCUCACCACAGGAAGAGUUAUGCCUGUGGAAAUUAGGUCUAGGAGAAAGAGGGACACUCAAAAAGCAUAUAGGAUGGAUAAGGAGGCCUCAAAAACUGGUAUGAUAGCACCACGGGUAUGUAGACCUUGCAGUAAUCUUUAAAAAAGAAAGUGUCAAGCUUGCGCAUAUGAAAGUGCAGUACAGCAUAAACUAACUUUAUCACUCUUGAUCAUUAUGCAAGGAGGAGUGUAUCUGACUACGUGCUGCCGAGAGUUGGUUCUCUGCCUCCUUCAAGCUUCGAUAUGCUGUCAUAUUAGCAUAGCUUUUAAUAACAGCUUAGGGAUAACUUGGUAAAAUUCUUUGUUAAGAUGAGUGGGAAGACUUUUAAAUUACUUAUUAGUGUUGUGUGUACUGAAUGUAAUAAAUUAAGGCUGCACUAACUAGAAAAAACAUCCUUUAUUAUUUUAGUACGUGUCUUCAUUUAUCAAAUCUGGAGCACUACAGUGCUUAAACCGCCUUCUUGCUGACCCAUCUGCAUUAUGCCCUUGUGAAUUUCUUCAGCUGAUAUCAGAUACCAUAAGAAGGGUUAUUAUGGACACACACCUCUGAAAAGGAAAUGAAUAAGGUUUCCAGUGUCAGCAAAUGAAAUACAUUUUCAUCUGUUGCUCAUGGUAAAAAGUUAUGUUUUGCACAACAUUAAGCCUGUGGCUGGGUACUCUUCAGACAACUUUAAGGCCCAACAUUUGAAGAUAUUAAUAUUUGUCAUGACUCACUUUGUUCAGCUUCUUCUCCCAGUUGCUGUAAAUGUUUAUUAAUUUUAUCAAAAUUAGGUGUGAUCUUUUUACAAAUGAAAAAGGAAAACAUUCAUAUGUGUGCAAAAAGACUGUAAUUUUCUGAUUCAGUACAGCUUAAACUGGAGAUUAUUUUAGUAAGACUUUUCAUCUCCUGACUACUGUUCCAAAGCUUGUUAACUUGGAAUGACACAAACUGUUUUCAAGGCUAGAAUAAGUAAUAUGUACUUCACAAAGGCCAUAGAAAGGGGAAAAGAAACAUAUUUAAUGUUAAAUUAAAAAUGGCAUUUCUAGUCUGUACAUGAUCAGGUCAUACCAUUUCUGUGCAGACCAGGAAGGACACAUUUCAGUUAAACAAUCACAUUCUCAUGUAUUUUAUCAGGUAGAAGACUACUUUUACUGAGAUUUGAAAAAAAGCAAUAGAAACUACAACAGCCAUUUCAUCAUUUAAAAACUCAGCAGUGCUCAUUUUGAAUAAACUGCGGGCAGGAAAGAGCAAUGUUGAGUAGGUCACGACUUGUAUGACACAGUUUGCCCCCCAAAAUAUCAGUCAAUAUUCAUUAAAAAGUCAUUAAAAGUGGAGGAAUUUAACAAGGCAAAGGACAGACAUAAGUCUGUACUGGAAAUUUAAUAUAUGUUUGUUACAGUUUAACAGAGCUCCAAUACACAAUGAAGGAGUUUAAAGUAAAUGCAAUAACACCAGCUUACUACAUGAUUUGUAGCAAUUGAUAGACUGCAUAACUCCAAGCGGUCCUUAGCUGCUGUCAGGACCUGUAUUUUUACUGGGGUUAAACCUGAACUUCCAUCUACACCAUUCAAAGAAUGAUGCUGUUAGUGUUGAUGCACAGAAGUUUAAUUUUCAAAAUUAAUUCUGACAAAAUGAGUAUAAUCUUAAGCUAAUUUAGAGCAAAGUAGUCAUCCAAAGAAAAGAAAAUGGACAGUUGUUCCUUAAUCGGUUAAACCGUACAUGUGAAAAAAAAUGGAAGUUUAUUUGCUGUAAACAUCACAGCAUGUUUUAUUUAUUUUGUGGUGGCAUUUUGCUACUGGUAUUUCCUAGCUGAAGAACAUUAGUUUCUUGUUGGUUACUGGAGUCUUAUUUAUGAUAUAAAGGGCAAGCAAGGUUUUCGACAUUUGACCUUUUUAAUCAGAAAUGAAUCUCCCUUCCCAGCACUUGAUAGUUCCAGUCUUUGCUAUCUGCAUCUUCCUUUUCAGCUUUAGCAAAGUAAACCACUGUGGAGGCAAGGUACUUAGAAUAGCUUCAUUAGCAGGAUAGCUGUGUGUAAUUCUGCCAUGUAGUGAGAGAGAUGCAGUUUAGUAGAGCCAAGGAACCCUUCAGAAUGAUGGGGCACAAGCAAUGUUUACAGCUGAUGGGAUUGAACAGGCAGGGAUAAAAAAGUUGGCCGUGGCACACGGUAUGUUGGCCCAGGCACUCAUUUCUGAACAGUAGCUAGUAACAGGUCACUGUUAUGUCUGUCAUUCUAAGAUGAUGAGAAGAGACAGACAAAUGAAACUCCCUGAUAUAUUGUCCUUCCUGUGUCCGCUGCAAUAUCUUACAGUAAUCUGGCCCUUCAUUUGACAGCAUCAUGCAUAGAGCACAAAACAUUUUGCCAUCUUAAAAUGCAUGGUACUACAGAUGUGCCCAUUGACAUGUGGCCUUUGGUUGGCAUGUGGCAUUGUGGAUAAAGACACAAAAAGGCAUAGCCCUAAUGAAUGACCAGUAAAAGAAGGAGAUAAUGUCAUGUUCGACUUACUUUCCUUGCCAAAAGUCAUCUUCCAUUCAACAUACACAAUUAAAAUCAAAAGCAUCUUACAUCUCUUUAAAUGAUGUUCCUGACAGAAGUGUCUUAUUCUCUCUUUAAAGAAUAAACCUAACUUCUGAAUGAUCUCCUUCUGUAACUUCUUCUCCUGCCCUACUGAACUCUGGACAGACAUCCAGAUGUCUGUUAAAGAAGGCCAUGCAUCUGUAACACCUGAUCCAAUCUUCUCUGGGUGAAAGUGAAGUUAAGAAAGUGACAGAUAAGGCCCUUCACCUGAAGUGUUCCCUCCUAUAGCAUUGUACAACAGCACUUUAUGUUGUAAACUAGAGAGGCUGGUCAUUGAAACAGGCCUCUUUGUGGUACUGAUAUGGACUUUAUUUUGCAAGGUGUACGCUGUUGUUGUUACUCUGCAACAUCUGUACUUACGAAAGAUGUGUAACAGAAUAUAUUUAUAUGCAAUGUAGUUCCAACUAAGCAAUAAAAGGUAUAUUAAC